GACUAUAUCUGAAAUGGAAUGCUGAGUGCUCAACUUUUUUCUCCAUUUUUCUUUCUCAUGGAGCAUUAUUUGGGGGAUUUUGUUGAAGGAUGCGAAGGAGGGAACACCCAUGGACAAACUACAGACGUUUUUGAUAUUUUGAAUGUUCUCAAUUACACUCCUUUCGAUCAAGAGGAUAAGCAAAGUUCAGAGUAUAUUGCACAUGCUCAUAGCAGAGAGGUUUCUACUUCAAUGGGACAAUUAGGGGCUUUUGGUUCACAAGCAACAAAGACUUCAAUACCAAACCAAAGUAACGCUGCAUUCAACGAUGUGAUCUAUGAUGAAUCGAAGAUAUUCUCAUCGGAUCAAAUGAAACCGUUAACAUCUUCAGAUACAUCUCAGUACACAGUAGAAAGGAAAAGAUUAAAGGAUAAGGCUUAUCGGGAACGGUUGAAGAAAGGCAAGAUAGAAAUGGAAUAUAACAUGGAGACACUUACUUCAGAAAACGUGCAAUUAAAGAAUGAGAAUGGAAACUUAAAAAGUGAGAACACACACAUGAACAAAGUUCUGCAAUCUCAGGCAAAGGAGAUAGAUCAACUUAAAAAUGAUCUUGACCGGUUGAAGCAUGAGUAUAAGAAGCAAAAUGCACUAGUGCAGACGCUGUCAGAUAUUCUUGCUAGUUCUGAUCUCAGAGAAGAACAUCGAAAGCUGCAAAAUGAAAAUGAUUUGUUGAGGCGCAGUAUGGGCAUGGAUGGUCAGAGGUUACAACUUAUUGAGGAGAAUGUGAAGCUGAAGCAUGAGAACAGGGUUCUAAAAGUGCAAGUUGAUGCUUUAUGUGAGAAGUUAAUUACUGAAAACUCCAGGAACCAUGAGCAAGUACGAGCAGAUAUGAUUUGAGUAUAUCAAAAGAGAGUUGUAUUGCUUAAAUUGGGUACUACCAGAAUAUGUGUAUGCAUGUGUGUUAGGGAUGUAGGGAUUGCAAAGUUGUGGGUAUUACAAGCUAAGUCAUCUUUGGAAUUACCUUUUUAUUCUCUAACCAUGUAUUUGUCAAACAUACUUGGAAGUGCUGCUGCAUUUGAGAACGGAAAGUAUUGCCUUGAAUGCGAAGACUGUUAAUUGCAUUUCUGUUGGAAUAAGAGGUGGAUGUGUUCUGUGAUUGCCUAUGCAUGUUGAAUCAUUCUAUUAAAGAAAAUUGGAAAGUAAAAUAUAAAAUUAUAGGGGCUAU